AUGAAACGAACACAUGGCAUGACGGAGCUGACCGACUCAGCUGCUGAUCCGAAGAGGCCAGAGACUUCCCCUUCAGCGGGAGACACACUGACCGAUGCAGUUGCUGGCGAUGAUCUCUGUCCCAUAUGCCUUCAGCUACUCUACCGGCCUGUGCGAACAGCCUGUAAUCACACCACAUGCGAGGACUGUAUGGCGAACUGGGCGGAUGUUUGUGUCUCCUCCCAAAUGGCCAGGGAUGGAAUCGUUGACCAGGACCUCGUCUUUCUUCCCGAGGAGGUCAACACCAGCUGUCCUAUGUGCCGAACAACCACAACAACCAUAUUUGAUAAUGACCGUCAGCUCACCUUACAGAGACUGUACCCCAAGAUCUAUGUGGCGCGUGAGGCCGAUGAUAUAGCAGCAGAAAGAAUGCGGGCAGCUUCAAAUAUUGAAACCCUCCUUAUACAUAUCGGUAACGAGCACAGACUCGUCCGUGCUUAUGAUGAAUCGAAGAACACCCACGAUUGGAAAUUCUUCCUGAGACCUUCAAGGACAGACAUCAUCCAGGAAGUGCAGAUAAUUCUGCAUCCCACAUUUCACAGGCCACGAGUCGUCUUAUCGUGUCCGCCGUAUGAAAUUCGCCGGCUAGGUUGGGGUCAAUUUGCUAUCGUCGCCAACGUUGUCCUCAAGGAAGGCUAUAGUUGGGUCGGGGCACGCAGGAUAGAUAGGCUCGAUGAAGGUUGGGAAAGGAAAUUGAUCUUAGCAUGGAACCUCGAUUUUAGUGAGCGUGGUGCUCACGGAAGGAUUAGAGUAAAGGUGAGAAAGGAGAGAACUGGUGACGAGGCCGAAGGCGACGCGCCGAUGGAAGAUGAAGGGCACCAUCAAGAACUUUGA